CUGCGGGCUCCGGCGCCUGCGUCCAACCCGGCCGGGCUCUGCGCGGCGAGAGGCCGGACGGGAACCCGGCAGCCGCGCCCCGGAGCGAGCGGGGAGGGACAUGGGGCGCGGCGGCUCUCCCAGGCCCCGCAGGUUCCGGAGCCCCGAGGGCUCCCAAAGAGGUCUCCGCAGCGCCCCCUUCUUCUCACCCAGGGUUUGGGUCCUAUAGUGAUUGCGAGACUCCUAAGUCUUCAGCCCUACCAUGGCUAAUGGGGUGAUCCCACCGCCCGGGGGCGCCUCCCCCCUGCCCCAGGUCCGGGUGCCCUUGGAGGAGCCCCCCCUGGGUCCAGACGUAGAAGAGGAGGAUGAUGACUUGGGCAAGACCUUGGCUGUGAGCAGGUUUGGGGACCUCAUCAGCAAGACCCCGGCCUGGGACCCUGAGAAGCCUAGCCGCAGCUACAGCGAGCGGGACUUUGAGUUUCACCGGCACACAUCCCACCACACCCAUCACCCGCUCUCAGCCCGCCUGCCUCCACCCCACAAGCUGCGGCGACUGCCCCCCACCUCUGCUCGGCACGCCAGGAGGAAGAGGAAGAAGGAGAAGACCUCUGCUCCCCCUUCAGAAGGGACACCCCCUAUCCAGGAGGAGGGGGGAGCUGGAGCAGAGGAGGAGGAAGAGGAGGAAGAGGAAGAGGAAGGAGAGUCCGAGGCAGAGCCUGUGGAGCCUCCACCCUUGGGGCCCCCACAGAAAGCAAAGUUCUCCAUUGGAAGUGAUGAGGAUGAGAGCCCAGGCCUUUCCAACAAGGUUGCCUGUCCCAAGGCCCUGCCUUCUGUGGGUCUGCACUCUGACCAGAGCCCACAGCGCUCCGGCAGCUCGCCCAGCCCCCGAGCCCGGACUUCCAGAAUCUCUACAGAGAAGACCCGGCCCUGGAGUCCAUCAGCCAGCUAUGAUCUGCGGGAGCGGUUGUGCCCGGGCAGUGCCCUGGGCAACCCUGGGCCGGAGCAGCGGGUGCCCACUGAUGAGGCUGAGGCCCAAAUGCUGGGUUCUGCAGAUCUGGAUGACAUGAAGAGCCAUCGGCUGGAGGACAACCCUGGUGUGAGGAGACACUUAGUGAAGAAACCAUCCCGGAUACAGGGCGGGAGAGGCAGCCCCAGCGGCCUGGCUCCCAUCCUGCGCAGGAAGAAGAAGAAAAAGAAGUUGGAUCGGAGGCCUCAUGAAGUGUUCGUGGAGCUGAAUGAGCUGAUGUUGGACCGUAGCCAGGAGCCACACUGGCGGGAGACGGCGCGAUGGAUCAAGUUCGAGGAAGACGUGGAGGAGGAGACGGAGCGCUGGGGGAAGCCCCAUGUCGCUUCCCUCUCCUUCCGGAGCCUGCUGGAGCUCAGGAGGACCAUUGCCCAGGGAGCGGCUCUCCUGGACUUGGAGCAGACCACCCUGCCGGGCAUCGCUCACCUUGUGGUGGAGACCAUGAUUGUAUCUGACCAGAUCCGGCCCGAGGACAGGGCUAGCGUCCUACGGACUCUGCUCCUGAAGCACAGCCAUCCCAACGAUGACAAGGACAGCGGCUUUUUCCCUCGGAAUCCAUCCAGCUCCAGUGUGAACUCAGUCCUGGGCAAUCACCACCCAACCCCGAGUCAUGGCCCCGAUGGUGCGGUACCCACCAUGGCUGAUGACCAAGGGGAGCCAGCCCCGCUGUGGCCGCAUGACCCGGAUGCCAAGGAGAAGCCCCUCCAUAUGCCCGGAGGAGAUGGUCACCGGGGGAAAAGCCUGAAGCUGCUGGAGAAGAUCCCCGAAGAUGCCGAGGCUACCGUUGUCCUUGUGGGCUGCGUGCCUUUCCUGGAGCAGCCCGCAGCGGCCUUUGUGCGGCUCAGCGAGGCUGUUCUCUUGGAGUCUGUGCUGGAGGUCCCCGUACCUGUCCGCUUCCUCUUUGUGAUGCUGGGGCCCCAUCACACCAGCACCGACUAUCACGAGCUAGGACGCUCCAUCGCCACCCUCAUGUCUGACAAGCUGUUCCACGAGGCUGCCUACCAGGCAGAUGACCGGCAGGACCUUUUGGGUGCCAUCAGCGAGUUCUUGGAUGGCAGCAUCGUGAUACCCCCAUCGGAGGUGGAGGGCCGUGACCUGCUUCGCUCUGUGGCUGCCUUCCAGCGCGAGCUCCUGAGGAAGCGGCGGGAGCGGGAACAGACCAAAGUGGAGAUGACCACCCGGGGGGGCUAUGUGGCCCCUGGCAAAGAACUGUCUUUGGAGAUGGGGGGCUCCGAGGCAACCUCUGAAGAUGAUCCCCUGCAGCGGACAGGCUCAGUGUUUGGGGGGCUAGUGCGGGAUGUGAAGCGCCGGUACCCACACUACCCCAGUGACCUGCGGGACGCACUCCACUCCCAGUGUGUGGCGGCUGUGCUCUUCAUCUACUUUGCAGCCCUCAGCCCCGCCAUCACCUUUGGGGGCUGCUAGGUGAGGCUCUUGGGGGAGAAGACGGAGGGGCUAAUGGGCGUGUCGGAGCUGAUUGUGUCUACGGCUGUGCUUGGGGUUCUCUUCUCUCUGCUGGGGGCCCAGCCACUGCUCGUGGUGGGCUUCUCUGGACCUCUGCUGGUCUUUGAAGAAGCCUUCUUCAAGUUCUGCCGAGCUCAGGACCUGGAAUACCUCACUGGUCGAGUGUGGGUAGGCCUCUGGCUGGUGGUCUUCGUCCUGGCCCUGGUGGCUGCAGAGGGCAGCUUCCUGGUCCGCUACAUCUCGCCCUUUACCCAGGAGAUCUUCGCUUUCCUCAUCUCGCUCAUUUUCAUCUAUGAGACUUUUCACAAGCUCUACAAGGUGUUCACAGAGCAUCCUCUGCUGCCCUUCUACCCACCGGAGGGGGCCCUGGAGGGGACCCUGGAGACUGGCUUGGAACUGAAUAGUAGUGCCCUGCCCCCCACAGAGGGACCCCCGGGCCCAAGGAACCAGCCCAAUACAGCUCUGCUGUCCCUCAUCCUCAUGCUGGGGACUUUCCUGAUCGCCUUCUUCCUGCGCAAGUUCAGGAACAGCCGCUUCCUGGGAGGCAAGGCUCGACGCAUCAUCGGGGACUUCGGCAUUCCCAUUUCCAUCUUGGUGAUGGUCCUGGUGGACUACUCCAUCACAGACACCUACACGCAGAAGCUGACGGUGCCUACAGGGCUCUCAGUGACUUCGCCGCAUAAGCGCACAUGGUUCAUCCCACCCUUGGGCAGCGCCCGCCCCUUCCCGCCGUGGAUGAUGGUGGCCGCUGCUGUCCCUGCACUCUUGGUCCUCAUCCUGAUAUUCAUGGAGACACAGAUCACUGCGCUCAUUGUCAGCCAGAAGGCGCGGAGGCUACUCAAGGGUUCGGGCUUCCAUCUUGACCUGCUUUUGAUCGGCUCCCUGGGCGGCCUCUGCGGGCUGUUCGGAUUGCCCUGGCUGACGGCCGCCACGGUCCGCUCCGUCACCCACGUCAACGCAUUGACGGUCAUGCGCACGGCCAUUGCACCUGGCGACAAGCCCCAGAUCCAGGAGGUGCGGGAGCAGCGGGUCACCGGCGUGCUCAUCGCCAGCCUCGUGGGCCUGUCUAUCGUCAUGGGGGCUGUGCUGCGCCGGAUCCCUUUGGCUGUGCUCUUCGGGAUUUUCCUGUACAUGGGGGUCACGUCACUCUCUGGUAUCCAAUUGUCCCAGCGUCUGCUGCUCAUUUUCAUGCCAGCAAAGCACCAUCCUGAGCAGCCUUACGUGACCAAGGUGAAGACGUGGCGGAUGCACAUGUUCACCUGCAUCCAGCUGGGCUGCAUCGCUCUUCUCUGGGUGGUCAAGUCAACGGCGGCCUCACUGGCCUUCCCUUUCCUGCUCUUGCUCACGGUGCCUCUGAGGCGUUGCCUUUUGCCCCGGCUCUUCCAGGACAGGGAGCUGCAGGCGCUGGACUCCGAAGACGCCGAGCCAAACUUCGAUGAAGAUGGCCAGGAUGAGUACAAUGAGCUGCACAUGCCGGUGUGACCCUCAAGAUGUUGCCCCUCAGAGACCCCACCUUGGUGACUCACAGACCCUAAGAACCGAGCACCAGGGCCAGGCACUCCUCGGGACCCACAUGGUGGGAGGGGCCAGUGGCCCCUUGACUUUCACAGACUAGACGGCACAGGCUUUGAAGUCAUUAUACCACACUCCUUGUCUCGUGUCUGCCUCAUUUUCUUGGUGCCACCUGUGGCUUCCCAGGCCACAUUUACCUAUCUGAAAUAUUAUCAGGGUCAUCCAAACUGGAAGAGGUUUGAAGCAAGGGACAGAGGCCUCGAGGGGGAGGGGAGGUUCAAGACUGCAGAAAGUUCAAGGUGGGCCUUACCGUUCCCUCCUCAGCUCCCUUGAGUAAAGCCGGAAGAGCAGGAGGUUCAAGGUCGAUCGGGUAUCACAUGCCCAUUAAUCUAGCCCCAGAUUAGAAAGGCGGAGAGGACAGGAAGGCAUCGCUUCCCUUUAGCCGCUUGGGAAAUCAGGGUGACUUUUGUCCUGUGGGGCUACAAAGCUGAGUGGAAAAUGUGCAUCUAGGGAGCAGGAAUAGCAGCCCAACCCCUAGACGCCGGGACGGCGCGCAGGGUUUGGGGCCUCCCGGACGGACCAUUUUAGAGUCUCCUCGUUUAAGAGUGAAGCGGUUCUAGGAUUCCUGAAACCGCUCCGUGUGCAACAGUCUGUUUGGCCAGAAAUAACCUGGGAGGCCUUGCGGAGGGUGGAAACGGGACCCAUUGCGUCACGGUUGCUAGGUAACCAGAAGCCUGAUGCAGCCUGCCCGCCUUGUGUAGCCCUCUGGUGGUGGUUUUGACACACUGCAUGGUCUGUGGACUGAGCAGGAGUAAGGCUGCCACCUGGCGGAUCCGAUUGGAUCCCAGGCUUAGUUUCCAGAGGGUUCUGGGAGGUUCUUGGAGGUCUGUAGCUCCAAGCAUCCAGGUAAUGACCCCUUAGCUUCACACGGCCCUUUCCCUCUGGAGCUUGCUCUGUACCCCUGUAGUUUGACCUCUCCGUUUCUGCCGUGUGUUCAGGCCCACAGCCAGCGCCCGAGGCAGGGGACACAGAACAGUUGUGGUGUUCGUUGUGUUCCUAAGUCAGUGCAGAGUAGAGCCAGCAGCGCUGGGCUUUCAUCACGGUUUUAAGCAUUUCAUCUCGGUUGUCCACACACCCUUGGUCUCUGACGCUGUCACGCCUUUGAUUGGCUCCUUUAGCCCCUGUGACGACGACAAAAACCUCGUUAGAUGGACCAGGACAAGGUAGAAUGUCAAAAUUCUCUGCCACGGAGCAAAACAAGGGUUUCACACACACAGAGGGCGUGGCCUUCUUCCAGGCAGGCUUGGCUGACAGGCUUCAUGUGAAAAACCACUUUUUCCCCCCAGCCUGGGGCCCUUUCUGGGUAUUGGCUGCUGGCUGGCUCUACUGUUGUGGGGAUUCCAUACACCUCGGGAAGGAGCCUGUUUUUUCCAGGACCCCUCUGCCGCAAAUGAGAAGAAGAGGGUUUCACAUGGAAAUGAGUCCUAGUCAAGGUCAGCAGCAGGUGACAAAUGAUGUCUGAUGUCCAAUGUCCGGUAAAGUGAGGAGACCCAGACGCCUCACAACAAAAGGUGACAGCCACCUAAAUGUAGAGUCAGACACCCAGGCCACCUGAUAUCACCUAAUAUGGGAAGGAGACUGGAGCUGUAGGGUAUGGGCCGCAGUUUAGGAGGUCAAGCCUGAGGUGGGCCUAACGAAGAUGGAAUUCUGUGGUGGGUGCCUGGGCAGGGCUUGAGCAGACUGAUGGCGUUUUCCUAACAACCCCCC